ACUCCUUUCCCUCUCCUCGCGCAAGCAUCCCCUCCUCGUACCCUCGCACGCGCUAGGGUUCCUGCGCCGCCGCCACACGGGAGCUUGUCGACCAGCCCAGCGUCCUCCGGAUCGCCGCCGUCACCGCCCCGGAUCGCCACCUUCGCCGUCGGAAUCGCUGCCAACGUCUCGUCGCCCCGGAUCGCCGCCGUCGCUGGGCCAUGGCGGUGGAGGUCGACGGCACCCGGAAGCACGGGGCAGUGGCCUUCCUGGACGACCCCUUCGAGGUGCUGCAGGCGAAGCGGGGCCGGUGCUCACCGUCCGCCACCGCGGCCUCGGUCGCCGACCUCGGCAUCAACAUGGAGUUCGACCCCGUCGAGGCGGUCCAGUCCGUCUUCCCCGGCGCCGAUCCGCAGCUUCUGCGGGGCUAUCUCGAAGCGUCCGGAAAUGUCUUGGAUGCUGCCAUCAGAAGCUUCAGGGAUUAUUUGGCAUCGGAUUCAGCAACGACCAAUGCUGGUGCCUCCUCAUCUGGAGUGGCAUCUGAUGUGCACGUGAUGAAUACUCCAGCCAACAGGACUGAAUGGGCGAAGCUAAUUGUCAAGAAGAUGUCGUCCGCUUCAGAUCCGAAUGACGCCAGGAAUCGAGUCUUCAGGAUACUUGAAAUGUUCGACAAAUGUGCCGCAAACUGCAGUACUCCUGAUGAGGCGCAUAAAAUGCGUGAGAUGAUUAUAGCAACUAUUUUGGGCUGACCUCUUGCUGUUCUAGCAAAAAAAAAAUAGUAUUUUGUUUUUCUCUACGAAAGAUCAGGACCGAAUGGAUUUUUGGUCUAUAUUGCAAAUAUGUAUAAUGGAUUAUUGGUGAGCUCGAUGAAGGGCACGAUGGAUGGUGCCGGCGGGAAGGUGAGCAGCGGUGGAGAUAAGCGAGGAAAGGAGUAGUGUGAGGCGGUUGGCGGUGUUGAAGAGGAUGAGAGGGCCGCACACUCGGUGCCAUGCUACUGGAGGACCCGCUGCUGGAGGCAGUCCUAGGGAUUUUUGGAUCAAUGACAGUAAUGUUGGCGACCCAGGCUUGGUGUACAUUGACCUUACCGCCUGAAUGUUAUGAAUUAUAUUCGUGGUGGAUGAUAUGAAUGUCGGGGAGGUGAUGGAGAAGUAUGACGUGGAACUUGUGAAGGCUGAGGGCAUGGAGAAGAAGGAGAGGAUCUAAGUGGGAGGCUGACAUUGGCGAAGGAGAAGGCUAGAUGAGUGUUGGCAUUGGCAGACAACGGGUCAUUGCAGAUGGCAUUCACUGAAUUAUUCCAUGAAUUGAAGCUCCCAAAAUGAUCAAAUAAAUAAGAUAGCAAUGAGACAUAGAAUGUCGUGUUAUUAAUUAUCUUUGUCCUCAAAAAGGAUGUCGUGAUAGUAGUCGUGCUUUGCAUAUAAGUUGCUUCAACAACUAUAUUCUUGAAAUGAUGUGCCAUAGGUAGGUGAAAAAACUAAGAAAUACAAGCAUUCCUCUGUGUGUGUGAGAGAGUGCUCUACACGCUGCCUUCAUGGAUU